UCACGUCAUAUCUGUCAUCUGUCAGUCAAUGAUUAGAUAAAAUCCAAAACCGAGAACUAAUUCUUGAACAGCUCUUUACGGGAAGAUUAUUUUUAAUGCCUUUGCUUUAUACGAAGAAACCAAAUUGAAAAUCAUGAUGCAACAUCAAUACUGGGUAACAAAAAAGACUGUGUUAAAAAAAUUAGGUACAAAAGAAGAUGAGUGUAUUGUUGCUUCUGAUGCCGAACUUGACGCUAAAUUGGAAUUAUUUCGAUCAAUAUCCGACAGUUGCCUUCAUUUGCAACGAAUAUUAGAUCAGUAUCAAGAACGUGUGUGCAUUUUGGCCCAAGAAGAAAAUUCUUUGGGUAAAUUUUUAAAGGAUGCAGGUAAAUCCUCUGAGGCUUCUGGAAAGCAUAUGGUUUCGGCUGGAAAAGCUAUUUCCUACUCUGGCCAACAGCGAUUGUCAGUAAGAAGUCCGUUAUUAAGAUUGUACCAUGAAGUGGAAACAUUUAGAUGUCGCGCCAUAAAAGACAUGCGAGCUACCGUUUCUGCAAUGGAAAAAGCUCGUAUUGAGUACCGUGCUGCUUUAAGUUGGAUGAAAUCGACUAGUGCUCAACUUGACCCUGAUACCGGCCGCGGUCUUGAUAACUUUCGCAAAGCUCAACGACAAGUUCGUGAAAGCAAAAAAGUUUUUGAUAAACUUACAUUGGAUGUCUUACAAAAGAUUGACCUUCUUGCUGCAGCAAGAUGCAAUAUGUUCUCACAUGUUUUAUCAACAUACCAGAAUUCUUUUCUAAACUUCACUACCAAGGUAGCAGAAACAUUACUAGCAACAUCAGAGUCUAUGAGUGCGGCACCACAAUAUGAAUUCUGUAUCUUGAAGAGUCUUCAAGAAGGAGAUGGUAACCAAGAAGAUGGAAUACCUAAGGAUAAAGAUCAAAUGUUGUUUUUCCAGGAUGAUUAUAAAGAUGAGGUACCUGAGGAAACUAAGAAUGAAAAUGCAAAUGCAAAUGAUAAAGAAAAUCAGCCAUCCGUUGAGAACAAAGAUGACCCAAUCACAUCCAAUGAGCUAAUAAAUACAAAUGUACCCAAUGAAAGUGUAACAGCUGAUGUCCAGAAUAUCAGCUCCGAUUUAGCAGGUAUUCGUUUAGACUGCAGUGACACCGCAGAUAAUUACGGAUCAUUCAUGCCAUCACAAUUGUUGCAGGAUUUGGCCACAGCAAACUUUUUGGAAGGGCCACUCGCACCUAUGGAUUCAAAUGGUAUAAAUAAUGCUACAGCUUCCAAAACUGAUACCAAGCCUACAACACUACCUAAGAAAGAUGAUAAAGCUGCCUGGUUUAAGCUGUUUGCAGAGCUGGAUCCUCUUGCCAAUCCUGACAACCUGCUUGGUUGCAACACCAAUCAAAGCCAUGCCGCUUAAAGGAAAAUAUUACUAGGGUUGCCAUAUCACAGGUGCUGUAUUACCAUCAUUUCACAUUAUAUGUCAUACAAAAUCAAUAAGAUAUGGUACAAAAUGAAAACUUAUACAUUUUACAGGUACAUUUAAAUAGAUAAAAUAAGAUUUUUUAAAUAAUUAAGGAAAAAAGUUAAUUUCAUGGCAACCCUAAUUUUUGAGCAUAAAUUGUGCAGUGUAUUGUGUACUGUUUCUGAAAUUUUAUUGCCUAAUAUUUAACUGAUAAACUUAUAUAAUACACAAUUCAUAUUUAAUGUAGAAAUAAAUUAUUUAUAAAAGAUAUUAUAAUUUGAGCCCUGUUUGCCUGGGAAUUAAAAUUGUUUAUUACAAGAUAUAAUGUAUAUGUUGGGCCCAGUUCUAAAGAUGUCUGUUUAAUCUUUGACAAUUAUUUUCUAGUUAUUCCUUUGUCUCUUUAAUUAAAUAAAGUAUAAUGCUCUAAUAACAUAAAGAUAAAUCUGUUUAAAUAAGAAUCAUGUUCUGAUUAAUGCUUUUGCACUUAAAAGUAUAUGUUAAUUAGGUGAUAUUUUACAUUCCAGUUUAUGGAUAAAUCCAUUAUCUUUUUUGACCUUAUUUAGUACCAACUGACAUGUCGUAAUGUUUUUAUUGUAUUGUGCAGUUAAUACUGUCAAAAUUGAGUAUCUGUAGGGGUCUUUAGAUUUUGUUUAGUAGUUUUUUAUUUUAAUUAUUAGAUUAAGUAUAUUGUAUAACCAAAGUAAAUACUUAAAUUUUUUGUUAUAUUAUCUUGAACAAGUUUUAAUAUGUUUUUCUAUUUAAUCAAUCUAGUCAUUUGAACCAAAUUAUUUCAAUAAGUACAAAGAUAAACCAAAGAUUUUUGAGAGAUCUUAAUAUUUUAGUGUUUGUACGCAUUUGUAUUAUAAUUCGAUUGUACGAAAUUUUAAUUCAAUAGGCUUCCUAAUCGUGAAGUAAGUUACAAUAUAAUUUAUUAGAAUAUUAUCAAAUCCAAAGAAACCUAUUUGUAAUUUCAUAAGCUACGUGUUUGGGUAUUUUUUAGCUUAUGUGAUGUGAGUAGAAAGUUCUAUUUCAUCAAUAAUGUAAACUUAAUGCUUUAUUUCAAUACUUUCUAAUUUCCAGAGGUCCAUGUUUUACGUACAUGUUUUUUCUUU